AUGUCCUCAACGACAACAUACAGACCCUACAAUCGCAGUAGCAGCGGGACUUGCAGCGAGAAUCUUCCGCCUCGAACGCUUGCUCGUGUGGCUCGAGAAAUCCGUGAUCUUCAUAAGAAUCCACCGGAAGGCGUUCGGUUGGUAGUAGAUGCGCAAUCGGGUGUCCCGAGCAGUCUUGGAGAGGUUGUGGCUGAAAUUCAGGGACCACAGGACACUCCUUAUGAGGGAAAGUUCUUUCAACUGAAGCUGGUCCUCUCUUGUGACUUUCCAUCGUCUCCGCCUCGCGGUUUCUUCCUUACCAAAAUCUACCAUCCCAACGUUGACAUGUCUACCGGCGCAAUUUGCGUAAACACGCUAAAGAAAGAUUGGACGCCAGAAACGACUUUUUCUCAUGUUCUCAGUGUAAUUCGAUGCCUCUUGAUCAUUCCCUUCCCAGAGAGCUCUCUCAACGAUGAAGCAGGCAAACUCUUUAUGGAUUCCUACGACGAGUAUUCCAAACGCGCUCGUCUCAUGGCAGAUGUGCAUGGCCGCCCCUUUCAGACGGGAAAGACUGAAGAGGAUGGAAAGCCCAUGGGCACCAACAACAGCAACAAAGGGACAGAUGGAACCACCAGUGUUCUGAGCGAUGCCUCGGUUUCAAAAUCCAAUCCACUUCGUAGUAACAAUGGCGCAACAACCGGUGGAUCCGGAAAGAGUGGCAGCGGAAACGUUCGAAAGCAAGUGAGCAAUGGCAAGUCAGGUAAAAUGACAAAGAAGAAGAGUCUAAAGCGCCUGUGA